GUCGUGUAAAAGAAAAAAAGAAAAGCCCCUAAAAAAAACUGGAGCGGUAGAGGCCAGUGGGGGUGAGGGAGAGAGAGAUGCCGGAGCUGCCGGAGGUGGAGGCGGCGCGGCUGGCGCUGGAGGAGCACUGCGUCGGGAAGCGGAUCGUGCGCUGCUCCGCCGCGGAGGACACCAAGGUCAUCGACGGCGUCGCCCCGUCGCGGCUGGAGGCGGCGCUGGUCGGGAGGACCAUCGCCGCCGCGCGCCGCAAGGGCAAGAACCUAUGGCUCGUGCUGGAUUCGCCGCCGUCGCCCUCCUUCCAGUUCGGAAUGGCUGGAGCUAUUUACAUCAAGGGUGUGGAGCUGAGCAAAUAUAAAAGGUCUGCAGUGAGCCCAACUGAGGAAUGGCCUUCAAAGUACUCCAAACUAUUUGUUGAAUUGGAUGAUGGCUUGGAGUUCUCCUUCACUGAUAAGAGGCGUUUUGCAAAAAUACGGUUGCUUGACAACCCAGAAGCUGUCCCUCCAAUUUCUGAACUUGGACCAGAUGCCCUAUGCGAACCAAUGCAGCUUGAUGAUUUUGUACAAUCUUUUGGUAGAAAGAAUGCGCCAAUAAAAUCCCUUUUGCUUGAUCAGAGCUUUAUGUCAGGAAUCGGCAACUGGAUGGCAGAUGAGGUGCUUUAUCAGGCAAGGAUCCAUCCUAUGCAAACUUCAUCGAAGAUAUCCAAGGAGAAGUGCAAGGCACUCCAUCGGUGCAUCAAAGAGGUGAUUGAAAAAUCCGUUGAAGUUGGUGCUGACAGCAACGAAUUUCCAGAGAACUGGAUAUUUCAUUCUAGGGAGAAGAAACCCGGCAAGGCCUUUGUAGAUGGGAAGAAAAUCGACUUUGUUACAGUAGGCGGCAGGACAUCGGCGUACGUUCCAGAGCUGCAGAUUCUGGAUGGGGCUGAUGCUGCAGCAGCAAACAGGUCAAAGAAAGGCAGAGACAAGGCAGAGGAAAAUGUGGGCAAAACAUCCAAGAAAGGCCAGAAGGCUGCUCCGAAGGAAGGGGGGAAGACGGCACAGAAGACAUCUGUUGAUGAAGAGGAAGAGGAGGACGAUAAGCCAGCAAAGCAAAGAGCCAAGGGGGCAAAGGGCCCACCGAAGAAAGCGGGUAAUACUCGUGCUGAUGAUCACGAGGAGGGCGGAGACGAAGAUGAAGAGGCGAAGCCCGCCAAGAGGGGGAGGAAGCGACCAGCAAAGGGCCCAUCGAAGAAAGAAGGUUGUCCUUCAGACAAUGAAGACUCGCUUGGCAAGGAAGAGACUGUGGUCGCGGCAAAGAGGCCGCAGAGGAAGAAGCGGUGAGCCGACCUAGGGAGGGAUUUCCACAUUGUCUAGCCCUUUGCUUUGCAGUGUAGAAACUGGUACCAGUAGAUGAACUUCCACCAAGGAAGGAAGAAGCCCGAUGCGACUAGAUCCUGGCCAUUUAGUUGUUUUAAGCGCAGAAUGAUUGAAGCCUCUAA